GGUCAUUUUCCUCGAACGACAACACAGAAAGAGGAAUUUUGCAGAGUGUUCUUCCGUAAAUGAAGUUAAACACGCAAGAGUAGUCAACCGUCCGAUCAUUUCGGUGGCCUCUGGCUCAAAACUCGCAGAAGUACUAAAACAGGGGUGACGCCAUCUACAAUUAAAUAUGUUUAAAUUAGAAGGACUGAAGCACGCGAAGACACUGAUGACUGAGAGCUUUCAAGCAUGAUUUAAUGGUUACUUGUGGUCAUUACCAAAACCAGGUAAAUGCACCGCAUGACUUUGAAUGAAGAAGAAUUGCUGGAUAAUUGUUUUUUAUCCAAUUCGACCAACCUCAUGUUAAUACCUUUCCGGAUUCUGCUGCUUCGGAAAGUCUUGCUAUUGCUCUGCCAUUUUGCUCCGCUUGAAGCUUCAAUCGAUUCUCUUUAAGUCUAUCAUUUGGGGCUUCAAAGUCUGAUAUGCUUGACUUCUUUCGGGAAUCGCCACCUGGGUAUCCCUUUAUUCGCAAAGAAAAUGCUCCUUUUUUCGGAGAAAGCAGCUCCCUGUGUUACUUUGAUUGCACAAGGAGCUGUUUUUUCAUAUCUUAAACCCAUAAUUCUCAAUUAGUCUUCCUUUAUUUUUCCUGUAUAUUUGUGCUUGCAGAUGUUGUAAGAGCGGUGUGGGUUUUUACUCUUUUUGUGAAUUUGUCCUCUGGGCAUUUGUUGGAUUUAUUCUGGAAGCUGAGUCUUCUCAUAUCUUCCUGAACCUACAUAGAACCAUUAAUCCCAUUCUGCUUGUAUAUGAAAAGGUCUCUUAGUUAGGUGUAGCUGAAUUUGUAGAAAUUAUCGUCUACUUUUCUGAAGUAAUUGAAGAAUUGUUGGGGUUGCAGAGAAUUUCAAAAUAAUGAUAAUCAGGCUUUUCAAAUUGUUGUUGUUUCAUGAUUCGGAAUGAUGAUCCAUUGAAAAAAAGGGUGAUCAUGGAUGACGGAGGGGUAGACACUUCAGAUCAAGUUUUUCCAUCAAAUCCUGAUGUUUCCACCGAUAUCCAGGGAUCAACAUCUUUAGACGUAUUGCUUGAUGAAAUUUUGAAGAGCACUCGGACAUGUACUCACACUCACACCUGCAACCUCCCCGGCCCUGAUGCCGCACACACUCAUACUUGUUAUCAUACACAUACCCAAGUGUUUGCAUCUGAGGAAGACGACACGCCAAAUCACAAGCAGCAGUCAGUUACAAAAUCUAAGAGGUCUUCAGGGAACAGGGAAGCUGUAAGGAAAUAUCGAGCGAAGAAGAAGGCACACACAGCUUACUUGGAAGAGGAAGUCAAAAAGCUGCGCCUCCUGAAUCAACAACUGAUCAGGAGAUUACAGGGGCAGGCAAUGCUUGAAGCUGAGGUUCUGAGACUGAGGUCUCUGUUGAUUGAUCUUAGAGGAAAGAUUGAUAAUGAAUUAGAUAAUUUGUCUUCCCAAAAGCACUAUAAUCGUAGUACUAGUUUUAAGGAGGGAAAUGGGGGGAUACAAUCUGUUGAUGGAAGAAUUGGUCUAGAGUGCAAGACCAAUGCCCCGUGCCUUCAUCCAGACAUGGGGCUAUCUGUACAAGCUGGAAUUGGUGUAAACAAACAAGUGGUUGUCAAUUGGGAAGGAAGUUGCCAACCUCCAAUUGUAGACUGCAGGGUUAGCACAAACAGAGAUGUGGGUCAAAACUUGGCAAGUGGUGAAACACAUCCUGAUUGCUCAAUGCCAGGCACCUUGGAUGCAUUGGGGACCUUGGUCUCAUCUACAUCUCAAGCUGAAUAAAACAAAGAACAUUUUCUAUAAUUACAUAAUGCUGCCUAUGAAGCUCACUGUAGAUCAUCUUGCUUUGGUGUUCUGCUACAGGUAGUGAACUUACAGAGUUUAUGUAUAAUAUAUCAAAGGCAGUAAGUGAUAGUAUUUAUAAGGUUGACUUUAAUAAGGAAGCAUGGGCUGCCUGUCUUGUACAUAAAACCUCCUUUUGUUCUAGAUGGAUGUAAAUAAAAUAUUGUGCAAUCCUGUUCCUAAUUGUUAGGCCAUAGAAACCCUCUGGGGCAGUUAUUGUUGUAGAAUUGUAGGAAAUGAAGACUACAAGUCUGUUGAUGUUCCUCAUGGGAUAUGAUGCAUAUAUCCCCUUAAAGCUAAGAGGGAGGCACAAUAUAUCCUCCGAUUCUGUCACAUAACCAAAGUUGUCAGAUGAGUGGAUCACAUAUUACAGUUGGCCUGGCUCUGUUUAAAUUUCGUACCCAGAGAAUAGAAGGUGAUGUAAAGGAAUCCAUGUUCCUUCAUAGAGCCAAUACACAAUAUAAAGCUUUAACAAUCUUACUUCCACAAGUCAUAUAUUUGCUUAGGUGAUCCAUACAUUGAAGCCACAUUUUUUUUGGUAAAUUACACUG